AUGCCAGUUCAAAACGUCCCGCCGGCGAAUAAUGGCAAUGUUCGGUCCAGUUGGCAAGAGCAACUCAAAGAACACUGCCGGUCUCAGAAGCUGCAAGAGCCCGUAUUUAACAUUUAUACCGAACGUCGAGGUGGUCGCACAGCUUGGACCUGCGUCGUCCUGGUUCAAGGGAGACAGUACUCUGCCCAAUUCUGGUAUGACGGCAAUUAUAUCAACAACGCCAAAGAGGAUGCAGCAGAGAAAGCCUUGAACGUGCUCAUCCCGCAGACUUCCCGUAAUACCGCCUACCAAGGCCAAAUGUUCCCUCAGGCUUCAACAACGCCCGCGUACUCCCGUCAGAUGCCUCGUUAA